UUAUCCUUUUCCCCCCUCUCUUCGAUCUCCGGUCUUUCUCCUUCCUCCUCCCCCUUUCCUCCACAACGGCCCUCCUGCGUCAGAUGAGCUCAUCUGUGCCCCGAGGAAAAUCCCCUCCUGGAAUGUUUCAUGGCAUUCCGAUCAAGGGGCAGUGUUUUGAUUUAGUCACCCCUCGUCGCUACCCGACGACGAAGGCAAAAAAGCACUUAAUAGCUCGGCCCAGGUCCUAGGUCUUUUCUAUUUUGUUCGCAUGCCUUCUGCGGGUCCAGAGGAGCUCGUUUAUUGAUAUAUCAUUCUGGUUUUUCCUUCGGCUUCGUCUCCAACAUCAUGGCCACUGAAAGAGCCUCUCGGCCUCGAGCCGCUACCACCAAUAUACAUUGCAUGGGCCCCCCUUCACCUAUGACCAGACACUCUCGGGGUUGGAGUCAGGCUCACAGAAGUCCUGUCUUGAUCCAGGGAAGUCUGCCUUUGGGGAUGAGUGAUCAUGAUAUCACCGGUACGGCGCAGGGGCCGCUGCGUCAUCCCAAGCCGAUUACCCCGUCAGAUCUACAUUUGGUGCUAGAGAAGGAGCAGGAAGCCAUGGUGAACCGAUUGACUCGGGAGCUGUCUCUCCUUCGUCAACAGACAGCCUCCGUGGCAUCAACAGCCUCCUCCACGUCGACCCUGAACGAGCCCGCCGAUGGGUUCCAUACCUCCCCGUCGUUGGGCAGCUCCACCCACACCCAUUCAUCACGGCGUCAGCGGUCAUCCUCCAGCCUGAGUUCCCACACUGCUGCCCAAGGCUCGCAAGCUGCCAGCGUGACGGGCAUUGCACCCUCUCGCGAGACGAGCAUACCUUCUCGCUCGAACGAUACCUCUCAUCCUCGCCUGGUGCGAAGCCGUGAACCGUCCCUCACCUCACGCCGCCCGUCGAUCGGGUCUAUCCCCUCUCACCCGCAGUAUUCCCACGGUGACCAGUUCACCCAUUAUGGAAGUCCAUCUAUCUAUCCCCACCGCAAUUCGGUGUCACAGACCCAUUUGGGAUUGUCUAGCAGUUCCAUCUCACGGUACGAGGAAGCUGUUCUGACCAAGUCGGAAUUGGAAAAUAUCAAGCGAGAGAAUGAGCAGCUGCGGAAGCGAGUUCGCGAGUUGGAAGAUGUGCUGAAGAAGCAGAAGGAUGGGGAACCGAUGACGCCGACGGAGACUCCGCCGCGUUUGAGGGGCACUUAAGGGACCGUGGAGCUAUUUUCUAUCUAUUCUAUUACUGCCGGGCGCAGUCCUACUUCUCCUUUGUUGUUACUAUGAUUAUCUCUAUAGGGCUGGAAGAUUUGCAGGCAGGUAACAAAUCAAACCUUUUCUACUGGCCU